UUAAAAUUAGGGUUCUACUCUAUUCGAUUAUUUCUCUCUUUUUCUUGAAACAGAGAGGCUCCCAAGAGGCGAAGCUACUGAAGAGGUUUAAUCGAAGGUGCUGAUCGAUUCUCUCCUUCAAAGAUCACAUUCCGCCACUGGAAUUUCAUGCAACUUGCAAGUCUAGAGCCUUCUCUGUAAUCAUCUUUAAAAUAAGAAGAAGAGAUGAGUGGAACGGGAGAGAAAGGGUCAACAACCACAAAAACUCCAGCAGAUUUUCUCAAAUCAAUUCGUGGGCGACCUGUUGUUGUCAAAUUGAAUUCCGGUGUUGAUUAUCGAGGCAUCUUAGCCUGUCUGGAUGGAUACAUGAAUAUAGCUAUGGAGCAAACAGAAGAGUAUGUCAACGGGCAGCUGAAAAAUAAAUAUGGUGAUGCAUUUAUUCGGGGAAAUAAUGUACUCUACAUCAGUACAUCAAAGAGGACAAUGGCAGAAGGGGCUUAGCAUUGACUAGAAAUGCUCCUAGAUUAUAUUUUGUGGAUUUGGGAAAAUGAUAAUGAGUUGGAAUUAUUGUUUAAAAACUAGAGAGAACCCAAAAGCCUCGUGUGUUGAAUAUUGGCUAAUCCUCAAAUAUGAUUUUAGUCAAUUUGUUGAUGUAGAGAAGCAAGGGCUAAUCCUUCUCUAUUCAUGAAUGUCCUGUAUUAAGACAAAAGUGAUUCUCAACUUAAAUCCAUCUAUUGUUGCCUUUUUAGACUAUUAUAGAAAUGGUUUCUUUUGACAGAUAUCUAUCUGCCCAUAGGGGAAACUACAAAUCAGCUCCUAGAUUAUAUUUUGUGGAUUUGGGAAAAUGAUAAUGAGUUGGAAUUAUUGUUUAAAAACUAGAGAGAACCCAAAAGCCUUGUGUGUUGAAUAUUGGCUAAUCCUCAAAUAUGAUUUCAGUCAAUUUGUUGAUGUAGAGAAGCAAGGGCUAAACCUUCUCUAUUCAUGAAUGUCCUGUAUUGAGACAAAAGUGAUUCUCAACUUAAAUCCAUCUAUUGUUGCCUUUUUAGACUA